AUACAUCUACCGUAAAAGAAAAAUAAACAAGUAGCAAAAUAAGAAACCCAAAAAUCGAAGAAUGAAGAAGCUUAUCUUCCUAAUUUUCAACAUAAUUAUGCUUUCAAUCGGCAAUUGCGGUGGUCCUUUAAUCUCUCGACUCUAUUUCAUUCAUGGCGGCCAACGAAUUUGGAUACCCAGCGUAUUACAAACUGUUGGUUGUCCAAUUAUUCUCAUCCCUCUAUCCAUAGCCUAUUUCCAACGCCGGAAAAUUCAAGGACCCGAGGCUAAACUCGUCUUUAUCACACGGCAAGAGUUCAUCGCAUCUGCCGGCGUCGGAAUCAUCGUCGGACUCGAUAGUUACUUAAACUCAUGGGGACCCGCGAAAUUACCCGUUUCAACUUCGACUCUAAUCAACGCGACUCAGCUUGCGUUCACUGCGCUUUUUGCUGUGCUUAUAGUUAAACAGAAAUUGACUGCGUAUUCGACGAAUUCCGUCGUUUUGCUUAUCGCAGGAGCUGCGACUUUAGCUCUCCGGGCGAGCGGUGACCGGCCGGCCGGCGAGUCCACGAAGGAUUAUAUGUUGGGGUUUGUGAUGACGUUUGUCGGUGCGGUGUUAUAUGGAUUGAUGUUGCCGUUAAUUGAGUUGAUUUAUAUGAAGGCGAAGCAAGCUGUUACUUACACUACUGUAUUGGAGAUUCAGAUGGUUCUGGGCAUUUCUGCUACUGUUUUUUGCACUAUUGGAAUGAUUAUCAACAAGGAUUUCCAGGCGAUUCCAAGGGAAGCAAGUCAAUAUGCAAUUGGAGAAUCUAAGUAUUAUAUGGUACUAGUAUGGUGUGCCAUUAUUUGGCAAUUCGCACUAUUGGGGUUAGUUGGAGUUAUUUUUUAUUCUUCCUCUUUACUCUCUGGAAUUAUAGGCGCUUUUUUACUUCCUGUUACCGAAGUUUUGGCUGUAAUUUUGUUCCACGAAAAAUUUCAAGCCGAAAAAGGAGUAGCUAUUUUUCUAGCUCUAUGGGGAUUUGUUUCAUAUUUUUAUGGUGAAUAUGAACAAGGGAAGAAGGAAAAGAAGAUGAAGUUGAAGAAAAGUGAGAGUCAAAUAUCUCAACAAUUGGAUAUGGGCCAAACAGGCGCAGGACAUGUUGUGUAGCAAAUUUAAUGUAAUGGCCAAAUAAUGCAUGUACUAUUUUAUUUUGUUGUACUUGUAUGAAAAUUAAUUAAUCAUUAGGUGCAAAUUUCUGUUCUUCAUUUAAAAGAUGUGACUAGAAUUUAUUGGUUACCCCACAACUACUCAAUAGACCCUGUUUAAUAAUCCCACAAAUUGUUGAUGAAGGGAUUAUUAUGAAAGAAUGAAGUUUAUCCU